UCCUCAAUCAAAAUAAGUACAUAUCGAUCGGGCCCCCACAGAUAUUUCUCUCUGUAUCCUUUGUGCGUGUCUGAAUUCAUAUUUAACCCCUUCCCAUAUACAACAUAUAUAUAUAUAUAUAUAUAUACCUAUACUGUGUGUAUAACGUUGCCCUAACCCGACAUUUGUACAGUACAGCCAUGGGUUUUUUCUUUCUUUCCUUUGCACAAUUACUGGUCUUUUUCACACUUGUGAAUCUCUGUCUCUCCUCAGACCAAUCUUCUUCAGUAAUUUUACCCCUCAAAGCCAAGCUAAUACCGUCUCAGGCCAUCCCGAAGCCUCCAAACAAGCUCUCCUUCCAUCACAACGUCUCCCUCACUGUGUCACUCGCCGUUGGUUCCCCGCCGCAGCAGGUUACCAUGGUGCUCGAUACAGGUAGUGAGCUCUCUUGGCUUCGAUGCAAGAGAACCCCCACUGCUCCAUCCUCUUUCAGUCCCCAGCUCUCGACUUCCUACCGCCCGAUUCCCUGCUCCUCGCCCACCUGCACCACGAGGACACGGGACUUCACCGUGCCCGUUUCUUGCGACUCCAAGAAACUCUGCCAUGCAAUUCUGUCCUAUGCGGACGCCUCGUCCGUGGAGGGCAAUUUAGCCACGGACAGUUUUCGUUUUGGGAAUUCGGGUUUGCCCGGGAUGGUUUUCGGGUGCAUGGAUUCCGGCACGAGUUCGAACCCGGAUGAGGACUCGAGGACGACGGGGCUAAUCGGCAUGAACCGUGGCUCGUUAUCGUUUGUUUCCCAGAUGGGGUUCCGGCAAUUCUCCUACUGCAUAUCGGGUCGUGAUUCGUCCGGGGUUCUACUCUUCGGCGAGGCUAAUUUCCCAUGGCUGAGGCCUUUGAAUUACACUCCAUUGGUUCAGAUAUCAACUCCCUUGCCGUAUUUCGAUAGAGUUGCCUACACAGUUCAGCUUGAAGGGAUUAGAGUAUCUGGUACGGUUCUCCCUCUGCCCAAGUCCGUGUUCGAACCCGACCACACUGGAGCGGGCCAGACCAUGGUUGACUCCGGUACCCAGUUCACAUUCUUGCUCGGCCCGGUUUACACUGCACUAAAGAACGAGUUCCUGCGGCAAACAAAGGCGAUUCUGAGGCCGUUGGACGACCCGAAUUUUGUUUUCCAGGGGGCUAUGGACUUGUGUUUUAGAGUUGAGGUGAGCAGGGCAGUUCUGCCGGCAUUGCCGAGUGUGAACCUGAUGUUUCGAGGAGUGGAAAUGAGUGUGUCGGGCGAGAAGUUGCUGUAUAGAGUUCCGGGUAUGACCCGGGGAAGCGAUGCGGUGCAUUGUUUCACGUUCGGGAACUCGGAUCUAUUGGGCGUGGAAGCAUAUGUGAUUGGGCACCAUCACCAGCAAAACAUGUGGAUGGAGUUCGACUUGGCGAAGUCGAGGGUGGGUCUAGCGGAGGUUAGGUGUGAUUUAGCAAGUCAAAGAUUGGGUUUAGCACCGUAGUGGUAGUUGAGUCUACGCAUCACCGAAAACUUUAAUUGAAAUCGUGUUUGUUCAUAUUAAAAUUAAUCAUAUGACAAAUAUAAUAUAUUUAUUA